GUUGAUAAAGCGUCUGUGUUGGGAGAGUAGUGAAGUUUUGUUGUCUGGAAUUGCUUGCUAGUGGUCUGACGCAUACGAAACCAAUCAAUAUAAAGCAGGGGAAGUAGCUGGCUGUCUAAUUUGCUGUCGGUUCGGAAAUCUGCAUCUGUCGUUGAAACGAAUCCAGAAAGUGCUGUGGCAGGGUGUCUCCAGCGGACCCCUCCCCCGCCCCCUCCUCGUUCUCUCUCUUCCUCUGGUGUGCGAGUAUGGACCCCCCUACGCCCUGCUUCACUCUGCAUGACUGAGCACCACGCUGAAAACCCGGCCCAAGAUGGAGAGGAAACGCAGAAAGAAAUGAGAGAGCGCGGGCCCUGUGCGAUCCAGGAUUGUGUGGAAUGGACCAUGACACCCCACCCUGUUCUCUCCCCUGUAAACUGCUCCCAUUGAGUUUGUUGCUUUCAGUUUGAUUCAGUCUUUUACUGCUGUGAGCAGCUCCCCCAGGUGGCGUGGAGGGACAAAAGCCAGAGUUUGGCUCCCUGUGGGCGGACACUGACAGAGGCUAUAGGGACCAUGGCUCUGGUGCACUUGUGGCUUCCCGUCCUGGGGCUGCUGCUGUGUGGGGGGUGGGCCUCUGUGGGGACAGAGGAGGGGGGUGCAGGUUCCCUCCCCCCACCCACCGUCACAGGACUUCACUGUGUGAACUGCUCUCGCCUCACCCUCAAGGUGGAGUUCUCUACUAGUGUGGUGGAACACGAGUACAUUGUCACCUUCAACGGCUACUUCACGGCCAAGGCGCGGGGCCACUUCAUCGGCAGUGCACUGCGCAGCUCGGAGGCGGUGGACUGGCGCAUCGUCCCGCGGGACAACCCAGCCAGCGACUACCCCAGCGACUUCGAGGUGGUGCAGAUUCGGCAGGCGCCCCAGCAGAGCCUGCUCACCCUGCAGGAGCACCCCUACAUCAAGCGGGUGACGCCCCAGCGCAAGGUCUUCCGCAGCCUCAAGUUCGCCGACUCGGCAGACACGGCCCCCGCCCCGCCCUGUAACGACACACGCUGGACGCAGAAGUGGCAGUCGUCUCGGCCGCUGCGGCGGACCAGCCUGUCUCUGGGCUCCGGCUUCUGGCACGCCACCGGCCGCCACUCCAGCCGCCGCCUCCUCAGAGCCAUCCCCCGCCACGUGGCGCAGAUCCUGCAGGCCGACGUCCUCUGGCAGAUGGGUCACACCGGCUCUGGUGUGAAGGUGGCUGUGUUUGACACGGGCCUCAGUGAGAAGCACCCACACUUCAAGAACGUGAAAGAGAGAACCAACUGGACCAACGAGAAGACGCUGGACGACGGACUGGGUCAUGGCACGUUUGUGGCAGGGGUCAUCGCCAGCAUGCGAGAAUGCCAAGGCUUCGCCCCCGACUCUGAGCUGCACAUCUUCAGAGUGUUCACCAACAACCAGGUGUCCUACACUUCCUGGUUUCUGGAUGCCUUCAACUACGCCAUCCUGAAGAAGAUCGAUGUCCUGAACCUCAGUAUCGGUGGUCCUGACUUCAUGGACCAUCCUUUCGUGGACAAGGUGUGGGAGCUGACGGCCAACCGCGUGAUCAUGGUGUCUGCCAUUGGGAAUGACGGCCCUCUGUACGGGACCCUGAACAACCCUGCAGAUCAGAUGGACGUGAUCGGGGUGGGGGGGAUCGAUUUCGAGGACAACAUCGCGAGGUUCUCCUCUCGAGGGAUGACCACAUGGGAGCUGCCGGGGGGGUACGGCAGGGUGAAGCCCGACAUCGUGACGUACGGCUCCGGGGUUCGCGGCUCUGGGAUGAAGGAGGGCUGCCGAUCACUGUCGGGCACCAGUGUGGCGUCGCCCGUGGUGGCGGGGGCGGUGACCCUGCUCGCCAGCACGGUACCAAACCGGGAGCUGGUGAACCCUGCCAGCAUGAAGCAGGCCCUGAUCGCCUCGGCACGCCGCCUCCCGGGGGUCAACAUGUUCGAGCAGGGCCACGGCAAGCUGGACCUCCUGCGGGCCUACCAGAUCCUCAACAGCUACCGGCCCCAGGCCAGCCUGAGCCCCAGCUACAUCGACCUGACGGAGUGCCCCUACAUGUGGCCGUACUGCUCACAGCCCAUCUACUACGGCGGAAUGCCCACCAUCGUCAACGUCACCAUCCUGAACGGCAUGGGGGUGACAGGCCGCAUCGUCGACAAGCCCAUCUGGCAGCCCUACCUGCCCCAGAACGGCGACCACAUCGACGUGGCGGUGUCCUACUCCCCUGUCCUAUGGCCGUGGGCGGGCUACCUCGCAGUCUCCAUCUCCGUCGCCAAGAAAGCGGCGUCAUGGGAGGGCAUCGCUCAGGGGCACGUGAUGGUCACUGUGGCCUCGCCAGCCGAGAACGACUCCACGAUAGGUGGCGAGCUCACCUCCACCAUCAAGCUGCCGGUGAAAGUGAAGAUUGUACCGACUCCUCCUCGCAGCAAGAGGGUGCUGUGGGACCAGUACCACAACCUGCGCUAUCCUCCCGGCUACUUCCCCCGAGACAACCUGCGAAUGAAGAACGACCCUCUGGACUGGAAUGGAGACCACAUCCACACCAACUUCAGGGACAUGUAUCAGCAUUUGAGGAGUAUGGGGUAUUUUGUGGAGGUGCUGGGUGCUCCCAUCACCUGCUUUGAUGCCAGCCAGUACGGGACCCUGCUGAUGGUGGACAGCGAGGAGGAGUACUUCCCUGAGGAGAUCAGCAAACUGAGGAGGGACAUCGAUAACGGGCUCUCCCUCAUCAUCUUCAGCGACUGGUACAACACCUCCGUCAUGAGGAAGGUCAAGUUCUACGACGAGAACACCAGGCAGUGGUGGAUGCCAGACACAGGGGGCGCCAACGUGCCAGCACUGAAUGACCUGAUCUCAGUGUGGGGGAUGGCCUUCAGUGACGGACUGUACGAGGGAGACUUCACCAUGGCUGACCACGACAUGUACUACGCCUCUGGCUGCAGCAUCGCCCGCUUCCCAGAGGAUGGCAUCGUCAUCGCUCAGACCCUAAAGGACCAAGGUCUGGAAGUGUUGAAACAGGAGACCGCAGUGGUGGACAGCAUUCCCAUCCUGGGGCUGUAUCAGACCCCUUUGGAAGGGGGCGGCCGGAUAGCACUGUACGGAGACUCCAACUGCAUAGACGACAGUCACAGACAGAAAGACUGUUUUUGGCUCCUGGAUGCACUGCUGCAGUUCACAGCCUACAGCAUGACCCCCCCGAGCCUCAGCCACUCUAAGAACAGGGUAGCGCCCCCUACAGGCACAGGACACCCCCUGCCUGUCAGGCUCGAGGGUAAUCACCUGUACCGCUAUUCAAAGGUGCUGGAGGCUUACCUAGGAGACCCCAAACCCCGCCCCCUCCCUGCCUGCCCUCACCUGUCCUGGGCCAAACCGCUGCCGCUCAACGAGACAGCGCCCAGUAACCUGUGGAAGCACCAGAAGCUGCUGUCGGUGGACCUGGACAAGGUGGCGCUGCCCAACUUCCGGGCAGACCGGCCGCAGGUGCGGCCCUUGUCCCCCGGAGAGAGCGGAGCCUGGGACAUCCCCGGAGGGAUAAUGCCAGGGCGCUACAACCAGGAUGUGGGGCAGACCAUCCCAGUGUUCGCCUUCCUGGGAGCCAUGGUGGUGCUGGCCUUCUUCGUGGUGCAGCUGACCAAAGUGAAGAGCAAGCCGAAGAGGAGGAAACCGCGGGUCAAACGGCCACUGUUCCUGCAGCAGCCCCAGCAGACGCACACGGGGAAGACGCCCACGGUCUGACCGCGCGCCUGACCGUGUGACCGUAUGGCUGACCGUGCAGCGACCACUCUCACUGAGAGGCAGUCUGGGGGCCCACUGGACGACUGUCUCCGUCUCUCUGGUUUUAAAUUUGUUUUUCCUUGAAAGGGACUAAAAUUGAGCGCAUUGGCGCCGUAGAGUACACAGGACUG